AUGAGAAGGAGAGAAUAAGUUAAAUAGUUAAGUCCCAUUGUCAAUACAGUCAAAAGUAAAUUAUAAGAAAAAGUUGAUCAAAAAUAAUAGGAACCUGUUGCUGAAUACAACAUUAUUAGUCAACAAGCUUUGUUUAAAUUGAAGGUAUCUACUAAAGUUAAAACUUAAUAUGAUGAACCGUAUAAUUUUGAUGCUUUUCCUUUGAAGCCAGGAGUUAAACUAACAUUUACUUAAGAAAAUAAGAAAAAGGAUGAAGAGAUAAUCAAUAACGAAGUAGAAGAUUUCACUGAUGCUGAUGCUUAUCAACUAUAAAAGUUAAAUUAAAAGCCAAGUUGUACCACACUGCCUCUUUUUAAAUUACCCAAAUAAAAACAUAAUAUAAAUCACGAGAGAUCCUUUCGUAAUAUUAGAUAAAAUAAAGGAUUUGAAUAUUGA